UUAGCCAGAUCGGAUUUGCCUAUUGAGAAACGGAAGCACGCUCAAAGUUUGCUCGAUGAUAUACAACUCAAGUACCCAUGUCUAUUUGUGGAUCCAUUGGCCAAUCAAGCAAGUAUCCAAGGAUUCCGAUGGCGUCAACGGGAUACAGACGGCCUGGUGACAACGCUGGUAGCACAGGCGGUGGAUCCCACUCAAUCGGACGUAGUGGGUGCAGUACGAACUCUAGCACAACUGGUGGAGACUUAUCCAAAAGUAAUGAUUAGGAAUUUCGGCACCAUGGCGCAACAGAUUCCGCUGCUAACAAGGAUGCCGGCCGCUUUGCGAAAGGAAGUGAUGCCAUUCGUUUCUUUCGUGCUUGAUGCCACUCAGAAGCUGUUGCCGUCAAUGCGUGAAACGUCCUAUCGUUACGUGCUUGGAGAUGCUGUUCACGCAUUUCUAUCAUUUUAUGAGACGAUCUCUAACUCGGAAGCAGCUGCUUAUUUUGGUGAGAAAUUGAUAGCCUGCUGCAUGAAAUUCUUUAGUUCUCAUACGGAGACGGCAAAGGAAGUGUUCAACGAUCGAUCAGAUGUGAUCAAUGCGCUUCUGCAGAAACUUCCUCCGGGAAAUUUAAAUGCGCAAAUGAUGCAAGAACUCUUACACGAGACGGAUAUGGAGGUGACAUGA